CAAAGAAGCUUCUCCCUCAUCAAAAAACAAAGAAGCUGCUCAAUCCAACCCCUCAAGAAGGGCGCUCUUUUCUAAAAUUCUUCGGCCUUCUUUGCUGAGGAACAGAUCUGCUGAGGUGCAUAGAUCCAGCUAUCAAACAUGGCUUUGCGCCAAGCGGGGGCGGCCCUGAAGUCCCUCGUUCCAUCGGUCAGGCUCGGAAGUGCUUCGCUGCUCUCGCAUCGGGGAUUCUCUGCCGCCGCUGCAGAACAAGAGACAUACACAGCCACACUUUUCCCUGGAGAUGGGAUUGGGCCGGAGAUUGCAGAAGCGGUGAAGCAGGUGUUCUCUGCGGCGGGCGCCCCGAUCGAGUGGGAAGAGCACUAUGUCGGCAAAGAGGUCGACCCGCGCACAGGCAGCUUCAUCACCAAAGAGAGCAUGGAGUCCGUGCUCCGCAACAAGAUAGGGCUGAAAGGCCCGAUGGCGACGCCCAUCGGAAAGGGCCACAAAUCGCUCAAUCUGACGCUGCGGAAGGAACUGGGGCUGUAUGCGAACGUCCGGCCGUGCCUCAGUUUGCCGGGGUACAAGACGCGGUAUGACAACGUGGAUCUAGUGACGAUUCGGGAGAACACGGAGGGGGAGUACAGCGGGCUAGAGCACCAGGUCAUUCCGGGAGUGGUGGAGAGCCUGAAGAUCAUCACGCGCGCCGCAAGCAUGCGUGUAGCGGAGUAUGCUUUUGAGUAUGCGGCUACCAACAACCGGGAGCGCGUGUCUGCCAUCCACAAGGCGAACAUCAUGCGCAUGAGCGACGGCCUAUUCUUGCAGUGCUGCCGGGAGGUGUCGGAGAAGUACCCGGAGAUCGCUUACGAGGAGGUCAUCAUCGACAACUGCUGCAUGAUGCUCGUCAAGAACCCCGGCCUCUUCGAUGUGCUGGUUAUGCCCAACCUGUACGGUGACAUCAUCAGUGACCUGUGCGCGGGUCUUAUCGGUGGCCUCGGACUGACCCCCAGCGGCAACAUCGGUAAGGACGGCUUGGCGCUCAUGGAGGCUGUCCACGGCACUGCGCCGGACAUUGCCGGACAGAAUAAGGCAAACCCGACCGCUCUUCUGCUGAGCGGCGUCAUGAUGUUGAAGCACAUGGGGCUGGACAAGUACGCGGACCGGAUCCAUGCAUCGGUGCUCAAGACGAUCGGGGAGGGGAAGUACCGCACUGGAGAUCUAGGCGGCAAGUCGACGACAACCGAGUACACGAAAGCGCUGAUCGGAAACUUGGAAGAGGAUCCCGAGUCGCCCGGGAUGGGAAGUCCGUGAAAGCGGCCCACAUAGCAGCGCAAGUUCCACUAUAGGGCGUUGGAAGGGGUAUAGCGAACUUGCCAACGGUGCUCUAAUGAUGGACGAAGAACGGUUUGCAAACGGGUUGUGCACCCUGGAGGUGCUACCAAAUUGUGCAUACCUGCUUCCUUAUUAUUCUACACUUCUGUACAGAUGGUUCAAGAUUGGUUUACUCUUAGAGUAGUCUGCAGAUUCAGUGACGCGCCUGAUUGAUAUAUGAAUCCGAUAAGCAUUUCCAGACCACGAACCUGCUACAAGAAGGUGACAGAAGGUGUUUGCACUUGUGUCAGGCCGCACUUCUGUGUGAGCCUGAGCACCCCUCGCCGGCCAAACAGAAUCAGUGCCUGCCAAGGUUUGUCGCUGGGCCAUUGGGCCAUUAAGAAUUCGGCUCUGACACAAGAUCUGUCCA